AUGGAAUACGCGCAGUAUCCUCAACAGCAACAGAAUAAUCACUCGGGAUUCUCAAACUCAGGCGCAGCAGCCACCACUAUCACGUCUCCUACCGUCAACCAGAACCAGGUACAGACCUCACCAAUUCUUGGAUCUCAACAGCAAGGAGCACAAACCCAAGCAACCACCAUGUAUCAGCCGCAGUACAGCGUUCCCCAGCAGGGCAUGCAGCAGGUCACUUAUGGGAUGCCUGGCAUCCAGGCUGCCGCAAUGGCUGCAACUGCCGCUGCAUCUGGCUCAAACUACGGAUACAUGCACUCAGACCCUAACAUGCCGCAAACGUCACCGAGACUGGGAGGAGCGAAUGCGAAGAAGGACGGUCGACACUCACCGCGGUUGAAUAACAUGCCUAACAUGUCCGAUCGUCGGAUGAGCCAAGUGACGAGCCCGGGAGUCGCCAAUGCGCCUAAUAUGCUGAACCAAGCGGGCCGACCUAACGUGGCUGCACCACAGAUGCCAGCAGCUUCAAUGCAGCAUCCCCAGUCACCAGAAAUGCCGGCAGGCGCUACUGGAGCUGAGGAAUCACCACUUUACGUAAACGCGAAGCAGUUUCACAGAAUUCUUAAGCGACGAGUCGCGCGACAGAAAUUAGAAGAACAGCUGCGCUUGACGUCGAAGGGCCGAAAGCCAUACCUCCACGAAUCGCGCCAUAACCAUGCCAUGCGCCGCCCACGAGGUCCCGGCGGCCGCUUCCUUACUGCCGAAGAAGUGGCAGCUUUGGAAAAGGACGGCAAGCUUGAUGACCUCGGCAAGGUCGAUGAUGGCGAGACCUCGGUCACCCAGAGCACCGGAAGCAAGCGAAAAUCAGAAGCAGGGUCACCUGUAUCCAACAAGAAGGCAAAGACCGACCACGUUAAUUCUGCCGAUGGCGAGGACGAUGGUUGA